AUGAUGCAGCAUUUAGAUAUAGCUUUGAUAACGGCAUUUGUGGAGAGAUGGCAGCCGGACACGAACACCUUCCAUAUGCCAUUUGGAGAGAUGUCGAUUCUUCUCCACGACGUGCAUCACAUUCUUCGUAUUCCAGUUGAGGGGGAGCUGAUGAGAGAUGAUCCGCAUCCAGAUGUUCUUAAGUUAGACAUGCAUGAUCUAGUUCGGGUCCCGGUGGAUGGUCCUGUUGGUGGUAAGUGGAAGUCGAAGUGGUUCCUUAAUGGUGGUAUACACGCAGAGGGAUUGUUGGUGCGUGGACGAGAAAUGAAGAUUAGGGACCUGGAGGUGCAGACUUACUUGUUUGUGUUGUUGGGAUCCACACUUUUUGUGGAUAAGAGUCUCGUUAGAAAUCUGUCUUUUGUUCACCUUUCCAUGCUCCUCUUUUCUCUCGUUCACUGCCUUGUGGAUAUUACUUGGGGCGACACCGGCUAA